AGAAAUUGAAAGCUUCAUCAAGUUGCUCUAGGUCAUACUCCUGGUCAAUGGCAGAUCAGGGAUUAGAACCUAGAUGGUCCAAACCCAGAGGCUGCACUGUUGAGAACCAGGCAAGGGAUGAGGGCACAGAGGAAUUUGUGGUCUGAGUAUGGUACUGUGUGAUUUAAGAUUUCAGUGCUGACUUGAACAGAUACUUACACACCUAUGUUUACAGCAGCAUUGUUCACAAUAGACAAAAGGUGGAAACAAUCCAAGUGUCUGUGAACAGAUGAAUGGAUGAGCAAAAUGUGGUAUUUACACACAAUGGAAUACUAUUCAGCCGUAAAAAAUAAAGGAAAUUUGACAUGUGCGACCACAUGGCUGGAACUUGAAAGCAUUAUGCUGAGUGAAAUAAUCCAGACACAGAAGGACAAAUACCAUAUGAUUCCACUUGUAUGAGGUUCCUAGAAUGGGCAAACUCAUAGAGACAGAAAUCAGGGUAGAAGUGACUGGAGUUUGGGAGGAUGACAUAUGGGGAGUUAUUGUUUAGUGGGUACAGAGUUUUUGUUGGGAUGAUUUAAAAAAGUUUGGUUAUGGAUAGAGGUGAUGUUUACCCAACAUGGUGGAUGUAUUUAAUGCCCCUGAAUCAUAUACUUACACGAGGCUAAACUUAGAAAUAUUAUGCAUGUAUAUUUUACCACAAUUAAAAAAAAUAUUUCUGUGGUGAACUACUUCUGGGUGAUUACAACAAGAAGUCUGAUUUAAAAGCAAGUUGAUGAGUUUAGGCAGGAGGUGAAGACCGCUGGGGUUGAGGAGAUCAAGGAAGGGAGAGGCCAAGGAUUGAAUGGGUCACCCGGCAGGAGCUCUGCGUCCUGCCUUCAUUCUCUCCUCCGGGGGGCAGCACCGCGCCAUCCGCAGGCCCAGCUUGUUGACUACAUGGAGGGUACAAAUCAGACUGGGAUGAUUCACUUCUACUUCCGCCCCUUCUCCAAACUCCCCGAGGUGCAGAUGCUGAUUUUCGUGGCCUUCCUCGUCAUGUACCUGGUCAGCAUCGGCGGCAACAGCUCCAUUUCUCUCAUCAUCUGGAGCAACCAUUCUUUGCACACCCCCAUGUACUUCUUCCUGGCCAGCUUGGCAGCUCUGGAGAUCUGCUACUCUUCCACCAUUGCCCCUCUGACUCUGGCCAGCGUCCUGUCCGCAGAGAGAGCCCUCAUCUCCCUGCCUGGCUGUGGUGCCCAGAUGUUCUUCUUCAUCUUCCUGGGCAGCGCUGACUGCAUUCUACUAGCUGUCAUGGCCUAUGACAGGUUUGUGGCCAUCUGCCACCCUUUGCGUUACACCCUCAUGAUGAGCUGGCGGUUGUGCGUCCAGCUGGCCCUGGGGUCUCUGGCGCUGGGGUUCAUCUUGGCCAUGCAGCUGACUGUGCUCAUCUUCCGCCUCCCCUUCUGCCGCAGCCAAGAAAUCAGCCUGUUCUACUGCGAUGUCCUCCCUGUCAUGAGACUGGCCUGUGCGGAUACGUGGGUCCAUGAGGCCACCCUAUUGGUGGUCAGCCUCACCGUCCUCACCAUCCCCUUCCUGCUUAUCGCCCUCUCCUACGUUUUCAUCAUGGCCGCCAUCCUGAAGAUCCGCUCGGCAGAGGGGAGGCACAAGGCCUUCUCCACCUGCUCCUCCCACCUGACUGUGGUCCUGCUCCAGUACGGAUGUGGAAGCCUCAUCUACUUGUGCCCCAGCUCCAGGUACUCUCCAGAGAGAGGCCAGGUAGUGUCUGUGGUUUACACCUUCAUCACCCCUGUGCUGAACCCCUUGAUCUACAGCAUGAGAAACAGAGAGCUUACGGAUGCUUUGAAGAGAACAAUGAUGAGGUUCCUGUUGUCCUGAACACGGUGAACGCUCUGGAUGUUCCUCUACAACACUGCUGGGAAGACACAAAUGAGUAUGCCUUCUGAAAGACAAGGAGAUGGGGGCUAAGAGGUCACCGGUUUUAUGCUGUUCCUUCUUCCCGGUUAUAUUAUUUUUGAAAAGUCAUUUUUCUUUCCUCGGCCUCAGAUCCUUCAUCUCUAAAAUGGGGAUUAAAAUGUCCCACCCGACUUAAAUUCUGGGGUGGUUUUGUGUGUAAUGAGAUACAUGACGUGAAACUACUUAGUGGCUUUUAAAGGGAGAUACAGCAGGAAUGUCGUUCUUACUUAUCGUCACCAUUACACGUAAAGUCGGUGUCCAGUUCUCGGGCUCUUUGCAGGCCCACAGGUUGCUCAUGUGGGCGGGGUAGCGGGGGUAGAGCCAAGAAAAGGAUGCACAUCCGCCUGGGAACAUCGGAGCCACUUUCUCCUUAUGCCAGCAGUGCAAAUGCUGAGUUUGUGCCUUGCUGAAUUCUCUUUCAUCCUCAGUUCUCUUCCAGGGAAAGGUGACGGGGAAAGCGCUGGAGUUUAAAUGCUCUAUUUUCUUACUUUUACACCCAGAGCGAAUCUGUCUCCAUCUCAGUCUCUGACUCUGUAUUAGCUAGCUCUUAGUCUGCAUCUAACUCACUCUCCCCAUGCUCACAGGGGCUCCUCCCGCUGUGGGUUUCAGACAACACACAUACACACACUCACACUCACAUAUCGCACAUUUCUAUCUGUCCCUGGCUUCUAUGGUCUGAAUAUUUGUGUUCCCUGCCCCCCACACCCAGCCCCAACACCACCCACCUCAUGAACAAGAUUAUACUUUUAUAAAAGAAACCCCACAGAGCUCCCUGGCCUGUUCCACCAUGUGAGAUUACAAGAAAUCUGUGACCGGGAGGAGGUUCCUCACCCAACAUUGACCUCAGGCUUCCAGCCUGCAGAACUCCGAGAAAGAAAUUUCUGUUGUUUAUAAAGCCACCCAGUCUGUGGUACUUUGUUAAGGAUGGAUGAAGGCAGUAAGUAUAUACAAUAUGCACAUGAGCAAGUGGGGGAGGGGCACAGAGAAAGACUCUUAAGCAGGUUUCAUGCUCAGUGCAGAGCCCAGUUUGGGGCUCGAUCCCAUGACCCUGGGAUCAUGACCUGAGCCAAAAUCAAGAGUUGGACCCUCACCUGACUGAGCCAUCCGGGUGCCCCAGAAAGAUUGCUUUUUUAAUUGAGCUUCUCUAGGUAGCAGGGGGGUAAUGGAUUCAGGUAGAGCAAAGCUAGUUCUGUGAAGACAAACACUGGCUGGACACAAUGAGGGGAAGGGCCCCUAAAGCGGCUGUGAACAGGAGGGUGAUUGUUUCAGGACGAUCCGCCUCAGGGUAAUGGCGUCAGAACAUAGAUGGUUUACUGUCUUUUUAUAGGGUGAAGGAAGCUCAUUUAUUCCUCUCCUUGUUGAAUAGCGAGUGAUUUAUUGGGGUGCCUGGCUGGCUCAGUCGGUGGAGCGGUGCAACUCUUGAUCUCUGGGUCGUCAGUUCAAGCCCCCUGUUGGGUGUGGAGCCUGCCCAAAAAAAAAAAAAAAUAGUGAGUGAUUUAUUCAUUCAACAACAUUUAAGAAGGCAGUGAACAACUAUUUAUUGAACUCUACUGUGUACCUACCUGUAGAAAGGUGAAGUUAAGUCUAGUGGCUUUGAAGAGCACAAACCAGGGCCGCCUGGGUGGCUCAGUCAGUUAAGCCACCGACUCUUGGUUUCAGCUCAGGUCAUGAUCUCAGGGUUUGUGGAACUGAGCCCUGCAUCGGACUCCAAGCUGACAGCACGGAGCCUGCUUGAGAUUCUCUCACUGCCCUCCCACUGCCCCCCCUCAAAAUAAAUAAACUUAAGGAAAAAAAAAAAGAACACAAACCAUGAUAGCCCAAGGGCAAGUGAUACACCGCUAUGAGCUUCCAGAGGAGGGACAGUGAAGGGAAUCAAGACAAGUUUGACGAGGGAGGUGGCAUUUGACCUGUACCAUGCAGGUGUCCAGAUCUGUGCAAAGAGGAGCAGGGAGGGCAUUUCUGAAGGGGGGAAUGGUAAGGACAGAAGAACAGAGAACGAACUCUUUGUGCCUCUGUUUCCUUAUCUGGAAAGGCAUAAACACUCCGCUACAUUUUUUCUUUUUUUCCUGAAAAUGUAUCACAGGCUUAAAAGGCAGAAACCAUGACCCCAAAUUUAUCUUAAAAGGAACUGAAAUGUUCCCGUCUUCCUUUGAAGACAAGAACCUGAAAGGACCUUGUUUGGUUCACUUACAGACACUUGCUGUCCCUCCUGCUGUGUUCUACCACAAUAUUCUACAAGGUCAGUGUUACUUGCAGGACACGAGUCUUGUUGAAUCAUAGGUGUUUGGGAGAAAUAAACUUUAUGUGGUCAAGGAAGCAUGAAGACUACUGUACCAAUCAAACCCCAACCCAUUACUGCAGGUUCGCUCUGUGCCUAUAAUGUGCAAACGUGCCGCCAUGAUUCUAAGAUGAGGAUAUGUUUGUCUAUGUUUUUCGAGCUCUGUCACCAUUAAAGUCUUCUGUUCCUUGGGGUAUCUUAUGAAACCUCUUAUCCUGUUGAACCUACUUUGGAAGAAGCUGCCUUAGCUGUUGCUGACUCAGUACCAAGAGGGUUUUUUCACUAGCGACGGAAAUACUCCAGGCACUUUUCAAUUCCCCAUGCUUGUUGAGGGAACAAGCGUAGUUGUCCUGGGUUAGUGGGCUUCUUUUCAAGUGAUUGCAGAAGGGAAUUAAUGUUUACCAUAUAUUAGCCCAUAUAUUGUCACAAAACCCAUGAGACUGGUGUUAUUUUUAUCUCUGCUUACAGAUAAGGAAACUGACACAUGGGGAAUUUAAGUCACGUGUUCAAGGUCACACAGUCAGAACGGGCAGAAUGUGGGAUAUGACGGGGAUGGUGCUGCUAUCUCAGCAUGUUAUCACUGUACUCUGGGAGUUUGGGGGAGAUCCCUUCAUUUUUCUGUACUUAAUUUCAUAAUAAACGAGGGGAAUAAUACCUACUCUACUGCCCUGACUUAUUGUGAGAUCUUGGGGGUGGGGUGGAGAAAAACUCUAAAAGUACGAUGAAAGAUUCAGCAUGGUUAGUCUAAUAUCCAAAUGGAGGGGCACCUGGCUGGCUCAGUCGGUAUAGCAUGGAGCCUGAUGAAAAAAAAAUAACAUCCGAACGGAGACAUAUGCUAGAUGGCU